UAUACAAUAUUUCUGACUGUUGUCCUGCGUGUAUGGUCAUCUACUGAGACGAGCAGAAGACGAGAGUUCACAGAGGCACAGAUGUACCUGAGACGGUUUGGAUAUCUAGAUACUCCACUGAACCCAGAAGCUCAGAGAGAUUCCAGUGAGUGGGCUAUGAAAGUGGCUUUAAGACUCUUUCAGAAGGUGUCAGGGCUGUCGAUCACUGGAAAUCUUGACAGAUCCACUCUUCUUAAAAUGAGGCAGCCGCGGUGUGGUGUUGAGGACCCCUUCAAUCAAGAGUCUUUAAAAUACAGACGAUUUGGAUUUUGGCGGAAGAAAAACUUAACAUAUCGCAUCUACAACUACACACCAGAUAUGGGUAAAACUGCAACACAGACAGCCAUACGCUCAGCAUUUAAAUACUGGAGCAAUGUCACCCCACUCAGCUUUAAAGAGAUUAACUAUGGACUUGCUGAUAUUCGAAUUUCAUUCCACAAGAGAGAUGGCUGUCCUUCACCUUUUGAUGGUCCUGGCCAUGUUCUUGCCCAUGCUGAAGCUCCUCCAUCAGGAAUAGUUCACUUUGAUGAAGAUGAAUUCUGGACUGAAGGAAAGUAUUAUGGUUCCAAUCUGCGUAUUGUUGCGGCUCAUGAGAUCGGGCAUGCUCUUGGUUUGGGGCAUUCUCAGUACAGCAGUGCUCUUAUGGCAGCACACUACACUGGUUACCAAGCCAAUUUUAAGCUGCACAUUGAUGAUAUCAGAGGAAUCCAAGCCAUAUACGGUAAAAUAAGCCAAACAAAUAAUUCAAUGCCAAUGGGUGACAUGCUAGAUCCAUGCAGUGCUAAACUUGAUGCUAUAAUGCUGGGUUCCUCACGUAAGACGUAUGCUUUUAGUGGGGAUUAUGUGUGGACAAUAACAGAUAUGGGCCAUAACUCUCCAGUAAAAAUAAGUUUGCUAUGGAAGGGACUGCCAGGAAACCUGAAUGCAGCUGUAUAUUCCCCAAGAACCAACAAGACAUACUUUUUUAAAGGUGAAAAGGUCUGGAGGUUCACAAAUUAUCGCCUUGACUAUCAAUACCCCAAACCACUAAAAAGAAUCCCUGCCAACAUUGACGCUGCUUUGUAUUAUGAGAAGAACAAGAAAAUUUUCUUCUUUAAGGGCUCAGGUUAUUGGCAGUGGGAUGAAAUGGUUUAUAAUGACCUCAGCAUUUAUCCCAAACCCAUUACCCAUCUGUUUACUGGCAUCCCAUCAAAUCCUGAUGCAGCUUUCACGUGGACCAAUGGGAAGAUGUAUUUCUUCAAAGGUGACAAGUACUGGCGCUUAAAUGAGCAACUAAUUGUUGAUUCUGGAUACCCACUUAGCAAACGUGUCCGCUGGAUGAGGUGCAACUAA